UUCUGAAAACUGUAGAAGCUCAUCAUGGCGGCCCACACCUUUAAUGUCAGCACUUGGGAGGCAGACACAGGAGAAUCUCUGUUGAGUUCAAGGCCAGCCUGGUCCAAACAGUGACUUCUAAGAAAGCUAGGUAGAAAGAUUCUGUCUCAAAACAAAACAACACCCACCAACCAACAGAACAAAAAAAACAGCCUGGUCUACAUAGUAACUUUCAGGACAGCCAUGUAGAAAGAGCCUGUCUCAAAAUGACAACAAAAACCAAAACAAACCAACAAAGAGAUAACAAAUAAAUGUAAUAAAUUUAACAACAUAUUAUUAACAGCUUAUCGGAUAAGCAAAUCUUUAUUGAUCAUCCUCAAGCCCACAAAAGAGAAGUUCUUGUGGGAACUUCAUCUUGGGGUUGGGGGAGGGGGAGAUGAUGUGUACAUCCCUCCAAGGCAGCUGAAUUUACAGAACCCAAAUGGAAAAAUGGCUGACAGGUCAGACAGCAGGGAAUGUGACACUCCAGCUGUUGGGAGGAUCAGCCCUGCCAUGGGGUCGUUGGGAGGAAGGAUGAGGUCAGUAGUGUUGAAGGCCAGGAUUUAAAAGAAUGCUCGCUGGUAGCAACCACUUAUUCCAGGUGGGGGUGUGGUCCAGACUGGGGCUGAGGAAGCUCGCCCAGUACCUGGUUGAUGCCUGGACUCCUGGGCAUUGCCAGCCAAGGCUUUGCCUACACGCCUGGCCUGGCCUCUCUGGCGAAUGGGGGAGGAGCUGCUACUCAGGCCUGAUGCUGAUCUCCCCUGACAGCUUGCUCCUAAGGCUGGCAAGCAGGAGGCAGGGGGGGAGGGACCAGAUUUAAAGACCCACCUGCCCCGCCCUCUGCCAGAUUUGGGCAAGCCAGAGGCUGUGAACACCCUAUGAGCACACUGUGUCCAGGGAAACAGGCCAGGGACCCCUACGCAUUGGUUUCUACUUCUUGAUACCCUGGACAACAUCUAGUCUUCGUUUCUGCUCCCACUCCACUGGCCCACAGGGAGACCAAUUGCCCCCCACUAUGAGAUUUCGCCGCCUGACCCCUGGCUACUUCCGGGUGCUACAGGUAAGUACAUUUAAAUACCAGCUUUCAACACUGACCUAUUCCUCCCCCACUCCCCCCUUGGCGGGGCAGAUACCCCCCAACAGCUCGGCUGUCACGUUCCCCGCUGCCUGACUAGCCGGGACCCAGAUAGGCAGUGAGGCGAGAGGGAUCGGGGUGGAAUCUCCCCGGGGCGGAAAUGGCAUCCGUGUAUCUUCCUCACCCAGCUGUACCGUCUUAUCCCCUUCCUACUUAGCAGUCUCACUCUUCCCCCAGAUGCAGGUGGCCGGGGAGCUGAAGGCAGAGCCCCGGAGUCCGCUGGUCGGAAUUGUGGCUACGUUGCUGGCGGUCCUAGGGUUAGGUGGGUCCUGCUACGCCGUAUGGAAGAUGGUGAAGCAACGGCAGCCAUCACAGGCCCCAUGAUGAGGCAGGGAGCCUCUCAC